CUGAGAGGCGGGGAGUGUUCCUCAGACCGACCUGCAGAAGGCCUUGGCAGGCCAGACAGAAAAUGUUUGAGAUAAAGAAAUAAUAAACAACCUUGAAAACAUGAACCGAAGACUUCUCAACUCCUUCUUCAGCUGCUGGGUUGAGGAAAAGAGACUUGUAACAGAGACACACCUCAGGAUCUUCCCAACCAGACCACACCAGAGGAAAUCCUGAGAACUGGCGUCCCUGGGUGGGCUCCCCACCAGGAGAAAAUUCCGAGAACUGGCAACCCAGGUGGCAUGAAGGGGCGACCCAAGAGGUGAGCUGUUGGCAAGCAGUCAAGCCACCAGACACUGAAUUCCAACCCAAGAAGAGGCACACCACCAGACAGAAAAAUCCCGGGAAGAACAACCUGACCCUUGCCGAAACAAAUCACCUCGAGCACGGCCCGGACGAGAGGAAGACCAGAAGCACGCCUGGGAAUCCUCACCUGUCAUCUGCUGGCCAGUGACCAGGACAACGUCCGGACCGACCUCACGGUGUUUCAGCUUUUGAUGCAGAGAUGCUGGGGACACCCGACCCGGAGCUGGCGUCCACCAUGGGCUUCUCCGGCUUCGGGAAAAAGGCUCGGACUUUCGACCUCGAAGCCAUGUUUGAGCAAACGAGAAGAACUGCUGUGGAGAGGAGUAGGAAAGUCUUGGAAGCCCGUGAAAGAGAAAAAGAAGACCAGACUGAAAAGGAGUUUAGAAUUCCAUACUCUGCUUCAUCAGUUUCAGCAUCCAGUGCAACAGGACCUGGGAUCACAUUAACUGAAAGAGAGGCAGUGUGUAGUGAAAGUGAGGACAAUUCAAGUGAAGCGUUAAGUGGUCCUUCUAUGCAAUCCCAGAGUUCUGGUAAAGGUCCAGCUGAGGAUACUGAUGAUGAUGAUGAUGAUGAUGAUGAAGAAUUUAUCGGGCCACCACUUCCCCCUGGGUUCAAGGACAGUGAUGACGACAAUGACAAUGAUGAUACAGAGGAAGAAGAUAAUAACCCUGUCAAGAAAAUCCCAGAUUCUCAUGAAAUUACACUCCAGCAUGGAACAAAGACAGUUUCUGCUUUGGGGUUGGAUCCUUCAGGUGCUCGUUUGAUAACUGGUGGAUAUGACUAUGAUGUAAAAUUUUGGGAUUUUGCUGGAAUGGAUGCCUCUCUUCAAGCUUUUCGGUCACUCCAGCCUUGUGAAUGUCACCAAAUCAAGUCUUUACAGUAUAGCAGCACAGGAGAUGUCAUUCUUGUUGUCUCUGGUAAUUCUCAGGCAAAAGUUCUUGACAGAGAUGGCUUCCCAGUAAUGGAAUGCAUAAAGGGAGACCAGUACAUUGUGGAUAUGACAAACACAAAGGGUCACACAGCAAUGCUCAAUUCAGGCUGUUGGCAUCCAAAGAUAAAGGAAGAAUUUUUGACAUGUUCUAAUGAUGGAACUGUGAGGACUUGGGAUGUUAACAAUGAAAAAAAGCACAAAAGCGUAUUUAAGCCGCGAUCAGUUCAAGGUAAACGAGUGAUUCCUACAACUUGCACAUACAGCAGAGAUGGGAAAUUUAUUGCAGCUGGCUGUCAAGAUGGCUCUAUCCAGAUCUGGGACAGGAAUAUGAGUGUACAUACAAAGUUCCACUGCAGGCAAGCCCAUGCUCCAGGCACUGACACUUCAUGUUUGACAUUUUCCUAUGAUGGUACUGUCCUUGCCAGCCGAGGAGGAGAUGAUACUUUAAAGAUAUGGGAUAUCAGACAAUUUAAAAAACCUCUUAAUUCAGCAGAUGGACUGCCCAGCUUCUUUCCAAUGACAGAUUGUUGUUUCAGUCCAGAUGAUAAGAUCCUUGUCACAGGCACCUCUGUUAAGAAGGGUGGUGGCAGUGGGAAGCUGUGUUUCUUUUAUCGUGAGACCUUCCAGAAGCUAUAUGAGAUAGAAGUUACAGAUGCGAGUGUUGUGCGUUGCCUUUGGCAUCCCAAGCUGAACCAGAUCAUGGUUGGUACUGGAAAUGGUUUAGCCAAAGUGUACUAUGAUCCUGUAAAAAGCCAGAGGGGAGCAAAAUUAUGUGUGGUCAAAACAAAACGAAAAGAGAGACAAGCAGAGACUCUCACGCAGGAUUACAUUAUAACACCCCAUGCACUUCCAAUGUUCCGUGAACCACGACAACGAAGCACGAGGAAACAGCUGGAGAAAGAUAGAUUGGACCCCAUGAAGUCUCACAAACCUGAACCUCCAGUAGCAGGAGCAGGUCGUGGUGGCCGUGUUGGGACUCACGGGGUCACCCUGUCAUCAUAUAUAGUCAAGAAUAUUGCCUUGGACAAGACAGAUGACAGCAAUCCUCGAGAGGCCAUUUUACGUCAUGCGAAGGAAGCAGAGGAAAAUCCAUACUGGGUGGCUCCAGCAUAUGCUAAAACGCAGCCAAAAACAGUUUUUGCAGAAGUGGAACCAGAAGAUGAUGAAACAGACAAGCCAGAGUGGAAAAAACGGAAAAUUUGAAAAGUAAUUUGUUUAAAGAAUCAUUUCGGAGCAUUUGAAACAAGAUGAAACAUUUCUUUCUUCAUUGGGGAUAGUGGGUCAGAAUUUGAAAGCAAGUAUUACUUCAAUUUAUAAAACUUGCUGCAGUAUAAAAAGGGAUUGUUGAAUUACACUGACUUAAUCCCACAUCUGAAUUUUGUAAUAAGGAAUUACUUAUAUUGUGCAAAUAACUCCUGUAUGUCAGUUACUUAGCUUUGUGAUUUAUGGAAAUAUAAGUGAAAAUUAUUUCUUUAUAAAUAGUGAAUUCGUUAUAUUGCCAAAUGUUGGGUUUUUUUCAUUACUGCCAACUUUACAGAUGCCAUGUCAUGACAAUGUUCAAUGAAUUUAAAUGUCCAAAUAAAAUAGUACAAUUUCUCAGA